AUGGAAAAGUUGCAUAUGAUGUUGCUGAAGACUAAUCAUGAACAAGAUUUCAAGAAUACUUUAAAUGAUAUUGUAUUGGAAGUUACUAAAAAUUUUGAUAAGUUAACUAAUGCUGAAUUUGAUAGUGCUACAUUAGAUCAAGUUAAAUUAACUACUUCAAUCUUAUCAACUGAUUCAUCCGCCAACAUGUAUUCAUCAAUUGUUGAAUCUCCAAAAAGUAUUAUAAGUUCGAAAUUAUCAAGCUUAUCCAAAAAAUAA